CACUUUCAAUAAAAGCCUCCCUUUGGCUAACCAAAGCCCUUCAUUUCUCUUUCCCUCACUUUCUCUCUCUAUUUUUUUGCCCUAUCUCAUAGGGUUUCCACCUUCUCCCUCCUCCUCCCUCAUGCAUUUUUGCUCUCACGAGUUCUUCUUCGUGCUCCUUCUCUUCUUCUACGCUAUCCUUCAACUCUUCUUUUGCCUGGAAAACACCAGAUUUCACCUACCGGGCUUUUCUCAACUGCGCCCAUGUCUCAAGUCUUCAGCUUUUCAGGAAAUGAUGAUUUUUACCCUGGGGGUCGUAUAUAUCCUAACCCCAAGGAACCAUGUCUCUUCUUGUCUCUUGGCCGUUCUGUUGAUUACUUUCCUCUUCAGAAGAGAUCUCGCGUCAGUGUUCCGUUUGAUAUCAAUCGAGAAUGGUUUGAUGAGCCGAAGCAGAAGACAUCUAUUGAAUCUCUGCCAGAUGAAUGCCUCUUCGAGAUCCUUAGAAGAUUGCCUGUUGGCCAAGAUAGGAGCGUCUGUGCUUCUGUAUCCAAGCGCUGGCUUAUGCUUCUAAGCAGUAUUUGUGAGAAUGAAAUCUGCAGCAAUGGAAGUACUCAAGAUGAUAAUGUGGUUGUUGAUGAUGCUGAGGGACUUAGCAACGAAGGAUAUCUAUCCCGAAGCUUGGAGGGAAAGAAGGCAACAGAUGUAAGGCUUGCUGCCAUUGCUGUUGGAACCGCCUCUCGAGGAGGACUGGGGAAGCUUACAAUUCGCGGAAGCAAUUCAGACCGUGGGGUGACUAAUGUGGGUCUCAAGGCCAUUGCUCAUGGAUGCCCUUCUCUGAAGGUUUUCUCUGUGUUUGAUGUUGCUACUAUUGAUGAUGAAGGCCUAAUUGAGAUUGCCAGCGGGUGUCAUAAGUUGGAGAAACUCGACCUUUGCAAGUGUCCCAAUAUUUCUGACAAGACUUUGAUCGCAAUCUCAAAGAAGUGUCCAAAUCUGGCUGAGUUAUCAAUUGAGUCAUGUCCCAACAUUGGCAACGAAGGUCUACAAGCUAUUGGGAAGUUGUGUCCCAAUCUAAGGUCUGUAUCGAUCAAGGGUUGCUCCGGAGUUGGCGAUCAGGGGGUUUGUGGCCUCAUGUCUUCGGCUUCUUAUGUUCUAUCAAAGGUGAAGCUUGAGUCGUUGAUGGUGUCUGAUCUCUCUCUAGCAACUAUCGGGCAUUAUGGCUUUCAAGUUACUGAUCUUGUCCUAAGUGGCCUUCCAAAUGUCAGUGAGAAAGGGUUCUGGGUUAUGGGUAAUGGCCGUGGACUGCAGAAAUUGAAUUCAAUCACAAUUGAAUGCUGCCAAGGAUUGACAGACACAGCGAUCGAAGCUGUUGGAAAGGGUUGUCCAAAUGUGAAAAACUUCCAGCUUCGUAAAUGUGCAUAUCUGUCGGACAAGGGGUUGGUUUCAUUUACCAGGGCUGCUCUAUCAAUUGAGAGCCUAAAAUUGCAGGAGUGCCACAGAAUUACCCAAAUUGGGCUUUUUGGUGUCUUUUUUCACUGUGCUGCCAAACUGAAGGUUCUCACUCUGAUUAGCUGCUAUGGAAUCAAAGACCUGGACUUGGAUUUGCCGGCAAUCUCUCCUUCUGAAUCAUUUUGGUCCUUAACAAUCCGUGACUGCCCUGGAUUUGGCGACGCCAAUCUUGCACUACUUGGAAAACUGUGCCCUCGGCUUAAGCAUGUUGAAUUGAGUGGACUUCAGAGAGUAACAGACGUAGGGUUUCUUCCACUGCUGGAGUGUUCUGAGACUGGUCUGACAACAGUUAAUUUAAGUGGAUGUCUAAAUGUGACAGACAGAGUAGUUUUGUCUGUUGUGAACUCAUAUGGAUGGACUCUUCAAGUGCUAUGUCUUGAUGGUUGUACAAGAGUCACCGAUGCUAGCAUGAUGGCAAUUGCAGGCAAUUGCCCAAUGCUCUCUGAUCUUGAUGUUUCCAAAUCUGCAAUCACUGAUACCGGUAUUGCAGCUCUUGCACGCGGAAAUCAGAUCAGCCUGGAGAUACUUUCUUUUUCAGGUUGUGUAUCGGUUUCAGACAAGAGCAUUCCCGCAUUUAAAAAAUUGGGCCAAUCCCUUGCAGGAUUGAAUAUCAAGCGUUGCAGCGCAAUCAGCAACCGGGGAGUCAGCAAGCUUCAGGAACAUCUCUGGACGUGUGACAUCCUCUACUGAACAGGAAAAGCCUCAUCAGCUUUUAUAGUUAGUGUUGCUCCUUAGUGUUUUUGGGUUCAUUCGCGAUGGAUCUUUGUCAUCCAUUACUCGGUUCUCCUUUUCCAGAGGGUACAGUUAUAUUCAAACUCCAUUUUUUUCCAGGUUUCCUUGAAUUGGAAAUCUGUUGAAAGCUUUUUGGCAUUCAUUCUAUCGAUGAGAUGCCACUUUUAUAAUGACUGCAUCUCUGUGAGCAAUAGUUACCGGGUUCUGGAGUUUUAGGUAUCCCUUUUCUAGUGUUGGCACCUGAUGUUUUUAGCUAUGCUUUGUAUCGGUUUUGCCACCAUGUGUGUCCUUUGUCUUUCUUUCUUUGCAGCCGUAUGUAACGAGUGUGUCCAGUGGUGUUGACCCAGAUUUUCACGUAUAUGAGCCAUGUGGCGCGCGUGUUGUUUGGGUCUAAGUUUUAUAGUCAAGGGGGCAUCUUGAAGUUGCAGUUGUUACUUUGAGAGUUGAAGGUUUAUGAAGCCUUUCACUUCAGUCAGGGCUUUGGCUAUGGCAGCCCGAUGUACAGGUCUGUCAUCACAAUCCGUUUCCCUUUUUGGGGAUGGCUUGUUUUUUACCACCAAACCCUACUUUUUUAGGCUUCAUUUUUUGGAACUCUUCAUUGUAACUAACCUCUAUAUGCCCCUUGUACUCUCUAUGUUAAUUUUAUGAAAAUAAUGAAUAAAAAUUUGGUUCCUUGGUCCUUCCACAA